GUGCGUGUGCGUGUGCGUGUGUAGAGUAGUGUGUUGUUAAUGUCGGUAAGAAGACAGAGCCGGUCGGUCGUGUGUAUUGGUGGUGCGCUCACAGUAAUAAUAAUAUUAUAAAUCUUCUCGCGUCUUUCACACUCUCUUACCGUCGCUCGGUACACGCGGACCUCGCUCCGAGUCGAGCACGCGUCACGGUUUUUUUUAUUUUCGUCUACGGCUCUAUAAUGUAUUAUUAUCGCACAUUAAAUAUAUAAUAAAUAAUAAUAGACUGUACUGUACACGCAGACCGCGAGGAUAUAUACCUAUAUAGAAAACAAUUACUUAUAUAAUUUCACAAAAUAUUGUAUUUUUCUCAACUCGCGUACUCCAGUCGUAACACUGCGUAAUCGUAUAAUAUACGUAUAACGCACAUCGUCGCUGUUAUAUAUACAUAAUAUAUUUAUAUAUAUUAUAUAUAUUAUAUUGUUGUACGAUAAACAUUUUUUUUUACACGUAUCGUACUCGUUUUUUUUAUUAACCGUUUAUAAAUACAUAUUAUAUAAUAUAUAUAUAUAUAUAUAUAUAUACGGUGGCCGUCCGGCGAACCGAACAACAAUUAUUGUUACGCGUACGCUCGCGCAUGUGACUCGCACGCUUGCACCGGUUCGCGCGCCGCAAGCACGAUCACACCAGUGUACCGGCGCUACCGUACCAAUACACGACCGUUACCGUAUACAAUACACUCGCGCGUACCACGGCGGCAGUCGUAGCGUAUCGCCGUGCCGUCGCAUUACACCGGUGUGUGUGCGUGCCCGUCGUGUCACUCGAACCGGCGACGGUUGUUCCGGCGCGUUUUUCGCGAAACUUCAAUAUUAUACGAAACGCGGCGAUAUUACACGCCGGUUGUCGGCCGCCGCCACCGUCGACGCCACCGCCGCCGCCGACACUCGGCGCCCGGGGUGUGCCCGCGCAAAAUUUCGAACCCUCCGAAUAUCCGGGUCCUACAAGUGUUUGACCAAUCGGACGGCAUCUUGCAGACUGCAGUUUGGUAUCGAUGAACCGCGGGGGCCAACCCCAUUCACCGGAACAGCCAAGCCGUACCGCAGCCGCAGUGGACAGCAUGAAGAACGAAGAGCCGACCAUACCGAGUCAUCACCAGCAGCGGAACAUGUUGGCCGAGGCGAUAGCGUCGCUGCCGCCCGUGCCGCAGAACUUGUCAGCCAUCGCCCUGUUCCAUCAGCUGCCCAUACUGUACCAACAGCACUACCAGCACAUGUUGCAUUCUCGCAUCCUGCCCUACCUACAGGAAUCGCUGAGGUUGCAGAGUUCCGUCAACUUUGCGGACAAGCCACAAAUGCCGACGGUACCGGCCAUCAGCCUGUUCGACCAACCCUCCGAACAGAAUGCAGCGGCUGCGGCCGCUGUUGCGGCCGCGGACAUGGCGGCAGUCGGGUGCAACGAGAAACCGCCUUACUCGUACAUAGCGCUCAUCGCCAUGGCCAUUACGUCCACUCCCAACCAGCGGAUGACGCUUAGCGAAAUAUACAACUACAUUACGGACAAGUUCCCGUACUACCGGCGCAACAGACAGGGCUGGCAGAACUCGAUCAGGCACAACCUGAGCCUGAACGAUUGUUUCAUAAAGAUCCCGAGAGGUCGGACCGGCAUGGACGACAACAUGGGCGGCGGCAAGGGCAGCUACUGGACGCUGGAUCCGGUGGCCGCGGCCGACAUGUUCGAGCGGGGCAACUACAGGCGGAGGCGGAUGCGCCGGCACAGGCCGUACCAGCAGCAAAGCCACCACCAGACGAACCAACAGGACAUCAAGUCGCUGCUGCAGCAACAGCAACAGCCGCUGGCCAGUCCUCACCACCAUCACCACCACCACUUCGCGGUGUACCCCGAGUUCCAGUUGACCGGCAGGAACGCCGUAACCGCUGCGGCCGAGUCGCUGGCGGACAAGCAGCACGCCGUAGCCGCCGUGGCGGACACGGUGUCCUCGCACAACCUGGCGUUCCACAUCGAGAACCUGAUACAGAAGAAGCACCGCGGCGUCGAGAUGUCUCAGGAAGAGAUCGUGUCGUCCAGUGGCGUGCACAACAACAACAACGAUCUGCAGCAGUACGCGGCCGGCGACGACCACCAAAACCUCCACCACCACCACCACCACAACAACCACCAUCGCCACCAGCUCGCCGUCGAGUCCAAGCCCAAAUUGAUCAUCAUCAACGACGAGGACGACAGCAACAUCAGUGGCGGCAGUGGCGGCAGACGUUGCUAAGACGUCGCAGUCAUCGCGCACACACGCACACGCACAGUCAUCUAAUGUUAUUCUAACGCGUCGAUAUAUAUAUGAAUCAAUUGCGGCGUAACAAUAUUGUAUAUAUAGUAAUGUAUAACGUACAAGCGUACUGUACUCGCACAAACGACGUUGACUCGUGUGCCCGCGCGUUUGUGCGUGUGCAGUAAAGCAUACCCACGUAUAAUGGGUAAUACUCACCUGCCACGGUUACCGAGUAAUGAGUAAUAUAAUAUACCUAUUUACAGCGCACGAAAAAGAUAUUCGACAGACCGUGUGUAUCUGCGCGUGUGUGUGUGUGUGUGUGUGUGUGUACGACUUAUGUUUUUUCGCGGCGCGAUAGAAACGCAGUAUCGCCCGAACGAAAGUAUUAUUUCAUUUUCGAAAAUAUAAAACUUGUACAUACCUACUACCUACCUAUACAUGAUUAUUAUUAUUAUUAUUAUAUCAUUAUUAUUAUAACUACUGUGCUAUGAA